CCCUAGACAAAAUCACACCACUAGACAAAUCCAAAUUUUCCUUGAACUUCAAAAACGUCAAAUAGAGAAUUAGACAAAUUAACCAUUUAGUACGUGACCUACAUAAAGGCAAUUGUCAUUCUUCUAUUUCUCCAUUUUACGAAGCCUUCUCCUUCUUCCUCAUCUUCGAAUCAUCCCUCUUCCAAGUUACCUUCCGAAUAUGGAAUACACCAUGAGACUUGUAUGAAGAAAACCCAUCUUCUACUAUUAUCGAUGAAAACCUCAUCAUCGAACAUUCUCAUAAUUCCAUAGAACGGAACCGGUUUCUUGAAAAUAUCGGUUUGAGCCAUCAUACCGGAAAAUAUUCUUUUCGAUUGUUGGGACUUUUUAGGACGAGGGUACACGUACGAUAGCCCGAGACCAGGUGACCAGGAUUGUGAUAGAGUCGUGAACAACGUUCACUUUCUGAAAAGAAUAUAUCCACCCUCUACAAAGCCUUGGGUUACAGGAAAUUUCUCCCGAGGAUAAAACUAUCACCACUUUAGGUUCUAGGCUCAAGAACACUAAAGCAUACUUAGAAAUUUUUGGAAGAAAGAAGAAGAAUAUGUUUGAUGGUAUGUGGCAUCAUGCACCCAACACACAUAUUUAUAGGGGCCGAAUCCAUGCAUUGUUUCAUGAAAGGUUGCCUUUAUCCAUACGAAAGGUUGCCCUUAUCCAUAUGAAGGGUUGCCUUUAUCCAUAAGGUUAUCCUUAUCCAUAAAAUAGUGCAACCGCCAUUAGGCCAAAGGGAUGUGUCCCUUCAUGGAAUUAGAAUAUCGAUUCGGUCGGUCUAAUCCCAAAUCUGUUGGUCGGUCCAACCCAAAACCGAUUUGACUUUGUUAGUCCGGUUCAACCAAAUUUCCAACAGUUAUUGGAGACUUUCGUCACCAGGAUGAAGUUACGACUCUUGUGUAACUUCUUUAGUCGCAUGCUAAGCGAGGAAAGUGUUAUUCUUCUAUAUGUAUUUUUUUUUGUGGCAAGUGUUUUAUCUUGGAACUGCCCAAGGGGUAGGAGAUGAUGCCUUUCCAGUUAUCGUUAUUCCUUUUAUGAACCGCUUAGGCCAGACUGUUACGAGACGAGCUAUCGUAAUAAUUCAGGGAUUUUCUGAGCUUAUCUAUUUUAGUAAUUUAUUAAUGGUCAAGUAUUUAGUUAUUAUUUAGGGAUAUUAUUAUUGUUUUCUAGUCUUAGUAGGGUUUGGAUUGUCUUUUGGUGUUUGUUUAGGAUUUGGUUGUGGUGUCCUUGUUGUAGGAGAAGGUUACAUAUUAUGGGUAGGAAUAGGGAAGAGUGGACCGAAACCAUCAAGAAGAAGGAGAGAAUUUUGUGCCUAUAAAUAUGUAAUGUCUCAUUCGUUUAAUGGUAUGAAAAAGAUUGGAACCCAAAUCUAGUUUAUUGUCUUUCGUUUCUCGCAAUUUAUCGCGUUUUAUUAUAGUUCGUUAGUUUUCUCGCAAGAAAGUUACGAGACAAUGAUUCUUCAAUUUUGUGUCUCGUAACACAGACUUAGUUUUCAUAGAUGAACCCCCCAUUAGUGGGGAUGUUUCACGUAGAAAUUGACCGCACUGGUUUCGAAGGCCUACUGGAUAUGGAUGCUAUUGGUUUUGCAGGAGGUAUUUGGGUGUUGAGGUGAAACCAGAACCUUUUACCCAACUCUUAGCCUCACCACAACUAAUCCACAUGACAUGCAGAGGUUUCUAGUCUAUUUUAGACGAUUUGUGGUUUGCUUUCUAACUUUCCUCCCCUGCUUUUAUAUGAAUCCUCCCUUUCCAACUCUUCCCUUCCACACUACCCUCUACCCUCUUUCUCUAAAGUCAAAACAACCUCGCCAAGUUCCAGAAUUCUUCAACAGCAAUGUCUCUGCCUCGUCAUGCUUACUCGCGGCACCACCAAUUUGGACUUCUCUUCUUACCACCGCCCCCGCUCCGCCUCCCCUAUUGCCCUGCCGGAGAUCACUACUGCAGAGGAGAAGCUGCUGCUGAGCCACAAGUGUGCCGUCUGUGGGAAGGCCUUCUCAUCCUACAAGCUCUCGGCGACCACAAGGCCAGUCACCGGAAAUCGAUCUCUGGUGCAAAGAUCGAGGUCGCCGCCCAAUCGACUUCUAGUACUACUACUACUAGCACCGUUGCGGCCGCCACAACAUCAGGGAGCGGGACUCCAUCUAUCUCUUCUCGCCACCGCCUCGAUCAUUAAUGAAUGAUGAUGCAAAAUGCUAUUAAUACAAAGAUCUCCAGACAACCAAAAUCUGCAGGAACAAGGGAAGGAGGGUGGGGCAUCGUGCAACAGCACAACUUUUGUGGUUUUGGCUUGCGGGGAGUUCAGGUCAGAAAGCUCCAUCCCUGGUGAGUUGGGAGCAAUAAAAUCAAAUUAGACCACUAGAAAUUAAAAUCAAACCAAAUCACAAUCUGCCGCUUCCCACUCUCCCCGCCUUCUUCGUUAUUCCGCCACCGUCACUUCCUUCUGCCGCUACCGUCGCGAACUCCAUCUAUCUCUUCUCUUUGUGGCCGUUGCUGCUGUCGCUGGUUGUCGGGAAGCUCUGGACGAAGAAAGAAUGGCGGAAUCAUUUCGGUCGCUGCAAGGAGAUCCAACCCUGUGUACUUGAUAUUCGCCGGCGCCGGAGUAGGAUUUCUCUGCCGGAGGAGAGUUGGAAUCGGAGGAGAAGGCUAGCAAUGGAGAAGGAGAACAGAGCGGAGGCGAAUUGGAAUUUGGGGAUCUCAUUAAUUGUUAUUUUUUUUAUUUUUAUUUUUAUUGUAAGUUUCCAGUUUUGCCCUUAAUGAAUUGAAUAAUAUUGUUACUAUAACAACAGAUAAAGUGUUGUUAGGCUUAGGAUAGGGUCAUUAACCAUUGGUUACUGACUUAUGAGUAACUAAAUCUUGACUUUUAAAUCUAAUGGGUCCGAUAAAUUCAGAUAUAAGAGGGUUGUCAAUUAAAAGACAUUUUAUUUUCCUGAAUUUUCUUAAUUGGCUCUUAUCUUCUUCGUUCUAACUCGGAUUUCAAUUUUUUUUUUACACUGAUGGAACGAGUUCGUUGUGAUCUACAAAAUGAAAUCAAUUUUCAAUAUAUUUCGAGAAACUUUUUUUACCAACUACAUACCAUAUGGUAACUUCUUCCUUUUGAAGUCGUUUAUAAAAUGUUUGCUCAGAAGGAACGAGUUCAUCAUGAUCUAUUGGAUUUAUAAAUUUCCGGGUGAAGAAAAUACUGGAUCAAAAAGUACCACACAAUACCAUACAAUACCACCCUGGUACGGGGUGGUAUCUUAUGGUACACAAUGUUAAAGUCGUAAAUGACAGUUAAUAUAUUUCUAUUAUCAUGUAUUCAACCAUCCUACAGUCUUGAUUUGUUCAUACCACCAUGGUACGCUUUUCAAACCAUAUGUAUGCCCUUAUUUCAAUACCUGUCAAUACCAUAUGGUAUAGACUGGUAAAAAAUGGCUCAAUUUUUUUUGUUUGAAAAAUAUAUCAAAGUGAAUAUCAUUUUGAAGAGCACAAUUAAUAUGAUCUAACUGUGUAAAAAAAAAUUAAAUUUUGACUUAAAACGAGUGAGAAAUCGUUCGUCAAAAAUUUAUGAGUGGAAAAUUAAAAGCUUUCCAGGAGAGUGGGAUACUGAUGUCAUGCUGAUGUGAACGGAUUACUCAUAGUUAAUCACCGUGAGGUUACUGACCUGAUUCAUUUCCGUUACUAGGGACAGGUUACGGUGAUUACUACUUAGUUAAUCAUAGUUAAUCACCGUUGUUACUAAGGGUAAAUUGGGUAUGACAUAUAAAUUGUAUUAAUUAAUUUUUUUAGUAAAUUACAUUUUAGGUAGUUACAAGAAUCUCUUAAUUACAAUUCUCCAUCUUUCUCUCACUUCCAUAAUCUUCAGCCAGAUCCCUUUUCCUUAAUUUUCUCAAUCUUUCUGCAAAAGAAAAAAAAACACGAAAUCACUACCAAUCCAUUAGAUAAUCACUACCACUUUGAAAAAUAUCAAUACCAUUGCAGAAAUAAAUCUAUACCAUUACA